ACAGUCCACUAUGAAACAUGCUUGCUCGGGGGUGACCUUACUUCUAUCUUAAUCAUAGUGCCACAGAGAAGUUUUGGAGAGCGCUGGGUUUUGCCAGCCUGCACCGCUGACCCAGUUAAAAGUGGAAAUUAAUUUGUAAUUUGUUUGCGGGGCGCGAGAGAACGUCGAGAUGACUGAUUCGAAUCAGGAACGCGUGCAGACCGUAGUGGAGGAGAUGGUCCAGACCUUAGAAAAAGACCACAUUCGGAAAAUGCAAGGUCGCAUGUUCAGGUGCAGCGCGGACUGUUGUGAUAGCGGGACACACUCGAUGUCACAUGUGCAUCAAUGCAUCGAGCGCUGCCAGACCCCCAUGGCCAAGGCUCAGGAGCUGGUGACCUUCGAACUGGAGAAAUUCCAGCAACGUCUGAUCAGGUGCACAUUGCACUGUAAUGACAAGGCCAAGGACCUGGCGGACUCCGGAGCCAACGAGCCAGCGGUGCGAGCCAGUAUGGACCAGUGUGUCGCCAGAUGUGUGGAUGACCACAUUAACUUGAUCCCCAGUUUGACCCGCCGCCUCAAAGAAAACCUGGACUCUAUACCACAGUGAAGAAAUGGGCAAGGCUCAUUUCUAGAUGGCUCAGGCUUGUUCUGCAUCACAGCAAUCAGGUUCAGUCAACUCAUUCAGUUUGAACUGUAACAGCCGUGUGUAAAGGCAGGCGCACCAUCGGUUACAGGGGGGAAAGCGUAAUAUUACUUAAAAGGGAAAUGUGGACGUAUAGGUUAGAUGAUUUGAAUUGAGCAGAGAUUAUUACUGUGACCAUCGUUUCCGUUAAGAUCCCCCAAACUGAAUGGCCUGCUUCCUGUGACUGUGAGAUUCAUCCUUCAUCUCGACAGUUUUUGCAAUGUUGUUGUAAACGUUAAUGUUGCCCAUAAGUUUUUUUUUCUUUUUUGAAUGUGAAUAAAGUUGAUGUGUGGUUGUGUACUGCAUUACCACCAAACAAGUUUCUGCUCCAAGUUGGAGUGUCUAGGCAAAGUUACACUCAGAAAUAAAGCCUUUGCUUCAACA